AUGUCACCACGUCUCAAAAUAUCAAAAUACGUGAUCGAGAGAUUGUUAAAGUCUGAAACAUGCGAGUCAACGGGAUGUUUAUAUGGCCUUAUGUACGAUGGAACUUUGUUAGUUGUCGGUUUCAGCUUAGAGUUUUUUGAGAAUGAGAAGAAAUCGUACAGCCAAUUAUUGCUAAAUCUUCCAGCUGAGGUUGAGCUAUGUGGUGUGGCAAAAUUCAGUGACACGCCCAAUUUAGAAUCAAAACCGAAAGAAAUCUUGCAGGAUGUAGAUAUAACAGACAAUCCAUUAUUCUUAACAAUCGAUAAAGAAAAGGAAAUUAAAGCUCACUUUUUGGUGCAUGAAAAGUUUGAAGAGACUCAAUAUGACAUAUUUGAGAGUGAAGACUUAUGGAAACAAUUUAUUCAUGUUAGAUUAAACACUGUACUGCCUUUGACAUGUGAAGCUACAAUUGCAGGUGUGAAGAAUGUUCUUCAGACUAAGAGGAAAAAGAUAGCUUCAGGUCAAGUCUCGUUUCAAAUACAUGGGACAUCUAUUUACUUAUUUGGUAUAGCGUCGGAUGUAGGAGUUAGUGGCACUAGUACCGAAGCUAAUAUUGGAGACCUCGUUGAUUCGUGGAUCCCGGAACAAUCAUCAAAAAAGAAAAAAUAUCACAUUAAUAAUAUUGAACCUGUACCUGUCAAUUUAGUCAUGAAAGCAACUAAGGAUAUUCUAUCAGAUAAAUUAGUGAAAACAGCUGUUAAAAUGAUGACUACACAAAGAAAGCCUGCAUUUUGCAUUAGUAUGCCACUGAGGAUUGAUACAUUGGCAAUGAUUCAUCGCAACACAAAACUCUCAGAACUAUAUAAUGUUCUUGUUGAAGCAACAUGUCGAUCACUAAAGUUAUUGGAAAGUAUCUUGAUUGAGCAGUUAGGCCAAGAAGGAAUUGGCGAUGGUGCAGGUCUUCGUUUACCAGAAACUUUCCACUACAUGCCCCCAACAGUUGGACACUUCAUAACUAGGAUAGUCCCAAAAGGAAUUCCUGAUGAAAGUAUGGAAAAGGAAAGAAAACUGUUACAUGAACAAUUAGAUCUGCCAUUAGCUCGUCCAAUAUUUAGAAGAGGAAAUGCCUACAUAUUCAAUAGUGCCAAAUUGAUAAACCCCCACGAAGCCAUUCCACCACAGAAUAAAGCUAACGUGUCUGUAGUGACUGUUCGUGGCAAAUACACAUAUUACCACUACAUGCAAGAUAACUUCAAUGAUGACGGCUGGGGUUGCGCAUAUCGUUCGAUGCAAACUAUCUUCUCAUGGUUUAAGCACCAGGGAUACUCCACUGUCGAAGUACCAACACAUAAAGAAAUUCAGCAGUGCCUUGUUACAAUUGGGGAUAAGCCAUCUACCUUCUUAGGAUCAAAGCAAUGGAUAGGUUCGACUGAGGUUAUGUUCUGUUUGGAUACAUUACUUGGCGUUCAGUCUCGAAUCUUAUUUGCCAAUACUGGAACAGAAUUGCAAACAUACACUCCUGAACUAAUACAUCAUUUUGAACAACAUGGAAGUCCAAUUAUGAUUGGUGGUGGUGUUUUAGCCCACACAAUAAUUGGCAUUGAAUACAAUGAGGAUAAGAAUGAGACUCGCUACCUUAUCCUGGAUCCACAUUAUACUGGAGGAGAUGAAAUUCAAACAGUCAUCAGCAAGGGCUGGUGUGGUUGGAAGACAUCAGACUUUUGGAACAAAACAGCUCAUUAUAACCUUUGUCUCCCACAAACUAAACCAGCUAUAUAA